AUGUUCUGCAAGGAAACAUACUUAGAAAACUAUAAAAAGAACAAAAGCCGACUAAGAGAAGUCACCCGAAAAUGCCUCAACCUAAUCGACUCCAAGUACCAGCACUUAACAUCGUUAAUACGAAAAAACAACACAAAUGACCUUUUGACAAGCUACCAAUUUAGUGACGAUGAAAUAAAAUUCGAUUCAGAUGAAAAUACACACAGUAGUGAUAUAUACUUCCAUGAAAGCACGUAUACAAAUAAUGACUUUAAAAAUUUGCUAGGAUGGGUACCCAGAAAUUUAGUACUGACAGAACCAAUCACCACAGACUCCAUCCCGUGUGCUUUUUUCUUUUCAAAAAAUGAUGAUAAACUAUCAACAGAUGAUAAAAUAAUUUUAUACCUACAUAAGUUUAAUGAGGAUUUAGGAACGAUAAUCCCAACGGUGAAUGCCCUACAUAAAAAAUUAAAAAUGAAUAUUAUUGCGAUGGAGUAUUCAGGAUAUGGGGUCAGUUUCAACAGGUAUGAACAGAAGCUUGUUUCAAUUGUGAACGAUUCAUUUACUGUUUUAAAAUUUAUUAUUAACUUUUUGAAAAUUCCUUGUAGAAAUAUAUACAUUUUGUGUUACGAUUUUUUGGCUAGCUGCGCUAUAGAGGUUGUAAAUCGAUAUGAAGACACGUAUGGCAAAAAGGAGCCCCUAGGUGGGCUGGUCCUUAUUAAACCCCAGCUACUGCAUGUUGUUAGCCAGCAUACAGCCCCAGCACCGUGUGAACAAGAUGAUAAUAUUGUGUUAGGGGACAGUGAUCCCAUCGGAGUUGUCGGAGGAAACAAAGAAUUUUCUGGUCCGUGUUCAGAUAACACUUUUGACGAGGCUGCGCAAGUUGGGCAAGGCAUCCUGGAGGGAGAGGUUCCACCUUGUGAGGACCUAGCACACUGUGAAGACGUCCCUAUCUGUGAUGGACAGACGACCAAGGAGACCCACUACGCGGUUUCCAACAAAUCAAAGCAGAAAAACUAUACAGUGACAACUCCGAAAGAAUUGUACCCCUCUCUCGGAUUUCAAAAAGAUGAGGAAGUGGUCUACAACGUGACGAGUAACAGUGUGAACAAAAACAAGUUUGCAAAAAAAGGAGUUCUUACCAUAGGCAGCAACUUAUGCAAUCGAGAGUGGAACGACGUUUCCGUAGGUACCAACUGUUACCAGUGUGGACAUGGGAUAAUUACUUGUGACAUGUCGUUAUUUUACAGCGAUAUUCAACCCCCCCCAGGGAGAGAAAAUAAUAACAUUCCUAACUCUCUAAUGAAAAGAAUAUUAAAAGAUACAUUUGAUAUAAAACACUCCAUAAAUUCAAUAAAAUCAAUUUCGUGUUCCAUUUUAAUUUUCCACCCUGAAAAUUAUUCAUAUAAAAAUUCGAGUUCAUAUAUUUUGCUGGACAAUGCGAAAGACUGUCACAGGAAGGCAGCGUUUUUAUUUGAUUUCAUGAACGAAGAUUUUAUCAAGGCCUUUAAGUGGUUCUUCUCAGAAAUAACCAAUUCGCAGAGGCAAGAAAAGCUAUUUAAAAAUUUGCUCUAUUUAUAUGAGCACCCGUCAUAUGACAUGAAGGACAAUGUUGGUACAAGUGGCGAGGUUGACAGGAAGAAACAAAGUCCUGUCAUUAAUAACGAACAUGGGGAAAACACACGUAGCGAUUUAGAUGAAAUAUGUAGCGGUAGUUUUGAGUCCACAUUUGACGAAAUUGCUGAUAGGAACUUUAACGAACCUCUUAGCAGUAGUGUGAGAAAUAGCUUCAUCCCCCAGGGGUGCAACUUAAAUGAUGCCCUAAGCGACAAUGAUGAUUCUCCUAAAUGUGAUACUCAUAGUUGUAGCCCUUCCAACAGCAAGAGUACCAUUAACUUACCUAACGAAAUUUUCGUAUGUCCAGAAAUGGUUCAGGAAGGAAUCCACUGCAAGCAGGGUGGCGUUGUGGGGACAUAA